AUGGCCGACUCAACACUCUUACGCGACUCACCAUUGACCGUUGCACUAACCACGUUGACAAAAACACUGAUCACCUCUUUUUCAAUAUUUGGAGUAUCGCCGUCGACGGCGCCAAACACUCCGACGCCACAAAUUAGUUUGCUCUACAAAUACCCGGAAAGUUAUGAAUUUCCGCUGAAGUCCGAACAAUUCAUUGUACCCCAACCGCCAACUAUUUCGAAACUUCCAUCAGUCUCAAAGGAAAUAAUGAAGAAACAUCCAACCCAGUACGUCACGAUGCUUCCUGGAGAAGAAACAAGUACGAUUUGUGUAUGUCUCAGACAAAACGAAUUUCUGAAUAUCACAAGUGACUUAAUUAACCCAGUGGGACUCACUGCAGAACUUUUUAAAGAGCCAUAUUAUACACAACGAACGUAUUGUUUCACCACGACAUGCCCGUACUUUAACUGCUUGUUUGCGUUACUCUCGCAAUUGUCGGAAAUAGGAUAUCGAAACAAGUUAGAGUAUUAUUACUCAUUCAUUCUAAGAGUGGAAAUGCAGAGCCCAAAUUUCACAGUGAAUCCGAUUAAAGCACUUCUCGAAGUGAAGCUCCAACAGUUCAUGAAACUGGAACGGCCGACCGAAGCAAUUAAUGUAAUGCUUGGGAAUAACAACAAGACAACAUUUCCAUGUUCUAAAGUGUUUUUGAGUUCACAGAAAUCCAGUGAAAUUGAGCGGUCGAUGGGAUUAGUCGGAGACUAUUCCCUCAUUCGGUUGUUUUGUACGAUGACUGUUGAAGACGUUUUGAAUACCCUUUGUAUGAUGAUGUGUGGGUAUGGUGUCAUCUUACUUUCAGAUAAUGUUACAUCAACUUCGUCCUGUGUGCUUGGGCUCCUCACGUUGUUUUAUCCGUUUUAUUGGCCUGGGAUAUUUAUUCCAUAUGUCCCCGAUAUCUUGUUUGAGUUUUUUGAAACGCCGGUACCUAUUUUGUGUGGAGGGAGUUACCCUCCUUAUAAAUGUAAGGUCAACGCAUAUGUCGAGGAACUCGACCAAGGAUAUUGGAACUACUUUACAGGCCGGAAAACAAAGUAUUUUGACUCAGUGACACUACCUGAAGUGUUAUUACCAUGGAGAACAGAACUUUUGAAUCAAUUGAAUGUGUUGGUGAAAACGUAUGUACCGACCUCACCAAGUGUCGAAGAGAGAGAAGUCUUCAUCGAGAUGAUGGAUCAAAAGAAAGUUGUCGAUUUCAGUGAACAUGUGAGGAAAGUCUUACGCGAGGUCCUUUAUAAUCGCCUUAUUCAGUCGGUCUAUAAUUUCUGUUUAAAGACCAAAACUGAUAAACUCGAUCUAUUCAUUCAGAAGUACCCAAAACAAUUCUAUCCAAAAGGAUAUGCUUUCAUGAAAAAAUUUGUCGAGUCU